AUGGCUUCUUUAGCAUUUUCUGCCACCAGCACUUGGGGCAGUCCGACGUACAUGACCCUUCUCGAAAAAUUUGACGGCCCUAAAAAUGAUCGUUCCGUUUUUGGGAAGGUUAACUGCAAGAAAAGGGACUUGACUAUUGCCAACGUUGCUAGCAAACUUCCAGUGGUGGCUCCACCGGCUCCACCUCCCACAACGACGAAAACUGUCGAAAACGAAUGCAAGCUCAGAGCAUGGACCAGCAUCCAGCAGGAGAGGUGGGAAGGAGAGCUUGAGGUUGAAGGUGAAAUACCACUCUGGCUGAAUGGAACAUAUCUAAGGAAUGGCCCAGGUUUGUGGCACUUAGGUGAGUACAAUUUCCGACACUUGUUCGAUGGUUACGCCACCCUUGUUCGACUGCACUUCGAAAAUGGCCGUCUAAUCAUGGGACACCGACAGCUUGAGUCCGAGGCAUACAAGGCAGCAAAGAAGAACAACAAACUUUGUUACCGAGAAUUUUCCGAGGUACCUAAACCUGAUAAUUUCCUGUCCUACAUUGGAGACAUGGCUAAGUUAUUCUCCGGUGCCUCAUUGACUGACAAUGCCAACACCGGCGUCGUUAAGCUCGGCGAUGGCCGUGUCGUUUGCCUUACGGAGACCAUCAAAGGGUCGAUCGUGGUCGAUCCUGCGACUUUAGAAACGAUUGGGAAGUUCGAGUACGAUGAUAACUUUGGGGGGCUGAUUCAUUCGGCUCAUCCAAUUGUGACAGAUGAGGAAUUUAUAUCUUUGUUGCCUGAUCUGAUCAACCCUGGAUAUACUGUUGUGAGGAUGGAACCAGGGACAAACGAGAGGAAAUAUAUUGGAAGGGUGGAUUGCCGAGGAGGACCAGCGCCUGGUUGGGUCCAUUCUUUCCCUGUGACCGAACACUAUGUGAUUGUACCGGAGAUGCCGCUGCGAUACUGUGCACAAAACCUACUCAGGGCUGAGCCCACUCCACUAUACAAGUUUGAGUGGCACCCUAAGUCCAAAGGGUUUAUCCAUGUCGUUUGUAAAGCCAGUGGCAAAUUAGUGGCAAGCGUAGAAGUUCCCCUAUUUGUCACAUUCCACUUCAUCAAUGCAUAUGAAGAGACAGACGAAGAUGGAAGGAUUAAGGCAGUGAUUGCUGAUUGUUGUGAGCAUAAUGCUGAUACAACAAUUCUUGAAAAGCUGAGGUUACAGCAUCUUAGAUCAUUCAAUGGCGAAGAUGUCCUUCCAGAUGCAAGGGUUGGCCGAUUCAUAAUACCGUUGGAUGGCAGCCGAUAUGGGAAAUUAGAGGCAGCAUUGAACCCUGAUGAACAUGGGAAAGGCAUGGAUAUGUGUAGCAUAAAUCCUGCUUAUUUAGGAAAGAAGUACAGAUAUGCCUACGCCUGUGGAGCUCAAAGGCCUUGUAACUUCCCAAAUACACUCACUAAGAUUGACUUAUUUGAAAAGAAGGCAAAGAAUUGGCAUGAUGAGGGCUCCGUGCCCUCUGAACCAUUGUUUGUGGCUCGACCAGGUGCAACAAGGGAAGAUGAUGGAGCUGUGAUCUCAAUGAUCAGUGACAAAAAUGGGGACGGAUAUGCUUUAGUAUUGGAUGGAACAACGUUUGAAGAAAUUGCCAGAGCAAAAUUCCCCUAUGGUCUUCCAUAUGGGCUACAUGGCUGCUGGGUUCCAAAGAAGUAAAACAGAGAAAAGAAGAUGAUAUUUGACAGACAUCCAUCAGAAUUAUACACUGAA